CCCCUCUCACGCCAGUAUGGCCGCCGUCCUGUAGCCGUUGGUGAGUGCAGAUUCAAGAUUAUAGCUUUAAACUUUGAAACAAUGUCGGCUUUACUUUCACUGAGCAAGUCUCUGAGCAGACUGCCACCGAGUGUCGCUCGGCAGGUGGUCGGCUGCUGUUAUCACACCGAGAAAGGAGUUUACGGUUACCGACCCAAACAGACCGAGAGACAGCACAAGUUACACAGCGACCGCAUCGCAGCGCUGAACCAAGAUCAUGGUUUGGCCCGUCUGGUGGAGGCGUACAGAGCACAUGGCCACAAGGCUGCUAAAAUUAACCCCUUACUGCCCCAAAAGCCUGUUGUUGACAGCGUCGCGGAGAUUACCGUGCUGACCGGCACCAUCACUGGACUGCUCAACACCUCAGGACUACGACACUUCGGCAAAGCAGAGGCCUCUGUGGAGGAGGUUCAGGCUUACCUGGAAGGAGCCUACUGUGGCCACCUGUCUGUGGAGACCAGCCAGCUGAGCAGCCUGGAGGAGAGGGAAUGGUUCGCCGACCGCUUUGAGGAGCUCAAGAAGAAUAGUUUCUCCACUGAGGAGAGGAGGCAGCUGGCCAAGAUCAUGCUGGAGUCUCAGGAAUUUGACCAUUUUCUGGCCACUAAGUUUGCCACUGUGAAACGUUACGGAGGAGAAGGAGCAGAGAGCAUGAUGGGCUUCUUCUACGAGCUUUUUCACCACGCGGCCCACAGUGGAGUCACUGACAUCGUUAUCGGCAUGCCCCACAGAGGCCGACUCAACCUCCUCACAGGCCUGCUGAAGUUCCCACCAGAGCUCAUGUUCCGUAAGAUGCGUGGCCUCAGCGAGUUCCCCGAGACCUCACCUGCCAUCGGUGACGUCCUCUCCCACCUCACCUCCUCAGUGGAGCUGGAUUUCGGAGCCGAGCACCCUCUUCAUGUGACCAUGCUGCCCAACCCAUCUCACCUCGAGGCCAUCAAUCCCGUGGCUCAGGGCAAAACCCGAGCCAGGCAGCAGCUCAGGCAGGAAGGAGACUAUUCACCUGAAGACAGCGCUCAGCCCGGGGACCAAGUCAUCUGUCUGCAGGUCCACGGUGAUGGCUCUUUCACUGGCCAAGGGAUCGUCCCAGAAACUUUGACCAUUUCAAACCUCCCUCACUACAGAGUCGGAGGGAGCAUCCACCUCAUCGUGAACAACCAAGUGGGUUACACCACUCCAUCCGAGAGAGGGAGAUCCUCUCUGUACUGUAGUGAUGUCGGUAAGAUGGUGAACUGUGCUGUGAUCCAUGUGAACGGCGAUGAUGCAGAGGAGGUGAUGCGGGCCACUCGGCUGGCUGUGGAAUACCAGCGGCUCUUCAGGAAAGACGUCAUCCUGGACCUGAUCUGCUACCGUCAGUGGGGCCACAACGAGCUGGAUGAGCCUUUCUUCACCAACCCGGCCAUGUACAAGAUCAUCCGAUCCAGAAAGAGCGUCCCUGAUUCCUACUCAGAACAGCUGAUCUCUGAGGGUCUGAUGACCGACGUCGAGCGUGACGAGAUCAAGUCCAAACACUACGGCAUGCUCAACGACAAGCUGGCCAACAUGACCCUGUACAGCCCUCCGCCCACCAACCUGCAGGGCCGCUGGGGGGAUCUGGUGGAACCCCAGGCCAAAAUCACAACCUGGGACACGGGCGUCCCCAUUCCCCUGCUGCAGUUUGUAGGAGCAAAAUCUGUGGACAUCCCCGAGCAAAUCCAGCUGCACAGCCACCUCGGAAAAACCCACGCACAGGCUCGACUGAACAAGUUGGAAGAAGGGACCAAAUUGGACUGGUCUACCGCGGAGGCUUUGGCUUUCGGCUCCCUCCUUUCCCAAGGCUUUAAUAUUCGAAUCAGUGGACAGGACGUUGGAAGAGGCACUUUCAGUCAGAGACACGCUAUGGUGGUGUGUCAAGACACUAAUGACAUGCACAUCCCUCUGAACCACAUCAGCCCUCAGCAGACAGGUUUCCUCGAGGUGUGUAACAGCCCGCUGUCUGAGGAGGCGGUGCUUGGAUUUGAGUACGGUAUGAGUAUCGCACAGCCGAAGCUCCUGCCCAUCUGGGAGGCUCAGUUUGGAGAUUUCUUCAACGGAGCGCAGAUCAUCUUUGACACUUUCCUCUCUGGAGGUGAAGCCAAGUGGCUGCUCCAGAGUGGGCUGGUGAUCUUGCUGCCUCACGGCUACGAUGGAGCCGGACCUGAACACUCAUCCUGCCGUAUGGAGCGCUUCCUCCAGAUGUGUGACAGUAAAGAAGAGGGUGUGGACGGUGACAGUGUGAACAUGGCUGUGGUCAACCCCACCACGUCUGCUCAGUACUUCCACCUGCUGCGGAGACAAAUGAUCCGUAACUUCCGUAAACCUCUUAUCGUGGUUGGGCCCAAGACACUGCUCAGGUUUUCUGGGGCGGCGUCCAGUCUGACUGACAUGGCACCAGGAACAUCUUUUAGACCGGUGCUGGGUGACACCUCAGUCUCAGCAGAAAGUGUCCAGAAGGUGGUGCUGUGCUCUGGGAAGCAUUACUAUGCCCUGCUGAAACACAAGGAGACCUCAGCAGCCAACCAGAACACAGCGCUCAUCCGAGUGGAGGAGCUGUGUCCGUUCCCACUGGACGCUCUGCAGCAGGAGCUCAAAAAAUAUCCCGCCGCCAAAGAGUUUGUUUGGAGUCAGGAGGAGCCGCAGAACAUGGGUCCCUGGUCUUUUGUAGCACCCAGGUUUGAGAAGCAGCUGGCCUGCAAGCUCCGGUUAGUGAGCCGACCUGCGCUGCCCGCCCCUGCUGUGGGAAUCGGGACCCUCCAUCACCAGCAGCAAGAGGCCAUCCUCACUGCGACCUUCUCCUGAAACACUCAACUGGACUGGGAACUAAAAUAACCAGUAUGAAAGCAUUAGCACUUCACAACGUACUGGUAUAUGCUGUGCCAAACCAUCGCUGCUAAUGUGCUGCACGGCAGAUACACGGGACCUUUACAAGAUGUGCGGUUCAAAAGAUAAAUUGCUGACUAACAUAAAGAACAGAUGAAAGAGAGAGUUGAAAGUAUUGUUAAUUAUUUUUAUCUCUUACAGCGAAACACAAGUUUUUAAUUAUUAUGUUUGUGGUUUAAAGAAAAUGUUUGAAUUCUAGUCUGCUUGUUUUUUCCCCUUUUUUCUCAUUUACUGUGCGUGUUUUCUUCAUGAGUUCAGCUACAAAGCGCUGUUGUUAGAAAAAGGAUAAUUGCUAAUGCAGUUGGGAUCUGAAUCGAGGCCUUAGAAACGAUGUUUACAAUGGGAGUGACGUUAAGACGCGCUGUCGGCUGACCAUGGUAUUUGUAACGCUGGGUACUGUAUCUGUGAAACUGGUACGAACUCCACAUUUUUGGAAUCAAAACUGUUAAAUUGUCUCAUGCACUCAGUCUGCACAUGCUGUCCAUUUUUAGAAAUACCCUUGAAAUACUUAUGUAAGAACGAGAUUUCUGAAGAAACAAAAAAAAAGGUUUGUUACCAUUUUGAAUGUUGCAUCCAAACAUGACGUAGUACAAAUUUGGGCUAAUAAGUGCUGGAUUAUUGUCAUUAUGUAAUGAUUGUUCACACUAUAACUUUAAUGAAAAAAAGGAAAGGCAUUUAAGGGCUAAUGUAAAUAAAUCAUGUCAAGUAGAUUUGAAAUGGAAAUAUUUUCAAAUAAAUCUGUCUUCACGUUUACGCAUCA